AUGGCCUAUCUUCUCCUAUAUGUUGACGAUAUUAUUCUCACUGCUUCAUUUGCUACUUUGCGAAAAUCUAUCAUGGUUCUCCUUGGUUUUGAAUUUGCUAUGAAGGACUUGGGUCCUUUGAGUUAUUUUUUGGGUAUUGUUGUCACCCAACAUGCAGGGAGUCUCUUCUUGUCUCAACGCAAAUAUGCUGAAGAAAUAAUUGAGAGAGCAGGCAUGGCCGCUUAUAAGCCAUCUCCCACGGCCGUUGACACGAGACAGAAACUCAGUGCUACUUCUACUACCAAGUGCUCCGAUCUGGCUCUCUAUCGCCGUCUUGCUGGUGCUCUUCAGUAUUUGACUUUUACUCUACCCGACAUCUCUUAUGCAGUACAGCAAAUCUGUCUCUUCAUGCAUCAACCUAUGGAGGAACACAUGCACGCUCUGAAACGUAUUGUCCUCUACGUUAAGGGUUCACUUCAUCAUGGUCUUCCCUUAGCUUGUAUCCUUCCUCAGUUUGGACUCUGGCCUCCUAUACAGAUGGUCAUUGGGGUGGGUGGGUAA